AUCAGUUUCAUUUCAACCGUUGCCAACAAUAUGAAGUGGAUGUCCUUGGUCUUUCUAUGCGGUCUGCUCGCCAUGGCAGUGGCUUCUCCGUUAAAUCCGGGUAAUGUCAUUAUCAAUGGAGAUUGCCGUCAUUGUAAUGUUCGCGGAGGCUAAAUUGGAGUUAUAAAACUUUGAUGUUUAGUAACUACAAUAAAACUUAUGAAAAAUACAGAUUGUGC